CCAAUUUUGAAUUUCGAAUUCACCAACCACCAGAGAGGCAAGGGCGUCGGAGUCGGAAGACGGGCUGACAUGGCGAUCGGGAUCGAAUCGCUGGAUGAUGGCCACCGCGCCCUGCUCGCCGCAGCCACGGGGCCGCACGAACUCACCAUCACCAGCGUCGAGGUCCGCUACGCCGCAGCAGUCCGCGAGCUCGUCCGUGGGGAGCGCUGGACUUGCCUCAACAAGUCUUACCUGGUGAAGCUGGUCCGCGCCGACUCCGUCCUGCUGCUGAUCGAGUGUUCCAUCCUCCCCGCCCUCUGCGUCGAGCCCACCAGCGAGCGCUGGAUCCCGGAGCUGCGUCGUUACGGUGACAAGCUCAAGUCCAUCGGCAAGCGUGUCGGCGGCACCUUCACCAACCUCGCCAUCUCCCUCGCCAAGCGCAUCAAGCACCACGCCAGCGACUGCACCCAGCGCCGCCGCUCCCCUGGUGCCCUUGGCCGCCGAGCGCGCCGCCUCUGCAACAGGGUCUCCGCACUCCGGGACGCCCACGUCAACAUUGGUACGAAGUGACGCUCAGGUUCGUCGCCAGAGGGAGGGGGUGGCAGUGGCCCCGUUCCGGCCCUGUGAUAUACCAUCCAUAUGCAUAGCAAUAUACUCAGAUAGUAUAGUAUGGUAUAGUAUAGUACCAUCCAUAUACAUAGCAAUACAUACCAUUAGUAUGCACGUACCCAACUACUAGUAGUUACCUGUCUAGGUUGUCGUUUCAAGUGAUACAGUCUUUCGUUCGAGUCUGAGCAAUGUCAGCAUGUUUUUGGGAUUCCAGUAGGAUUUCGUUGAUGCUGUUUUUCCUGUCGAUGAUGAAUCGGAGUUGGAAUUGGUGACGCGACAUUGUAACCAAAGCAACCAGUUGUCAUAUAUGAAUGAAUGAUGAAUGGAAAUUCGUGCCUUGAAUUGAUGAUACAUGCAUAUAGGUAUUUGACUUGCUGUUGGAAUUUGACUUGCUGAAGCCUUAGGUUCAUGGUACAGACUUGAAAUCCUUUUUAUUGCUUUGUUAUCUAUCUUUGGUGCUGCUGACCAGUCCCUGUGCUGAAAUUAUGAGGAGCAUAGCAGCAUUUGUUAAUCAAAUUUUCGGGCCUCAUUAGCUGCUCAAUUGAUUGCAGAUUGUGGGCAUUGAUAAGUAAUAGUGAG